GGCGCGUUUUGGAGGCGCGUAGAGGAGCGGGGUGCAUUCAGUCUAAACGCCACUGUCCGAACAGAGAGCAGCAGGUCAGCGUCUCACACCGGACAAUACAUCUCAGGACAGUCCAGGAUCGCCAUGCUACUGCUCGCCAUACACUGGAUUUUUUGCUGUUCUGUUUGUUUUCUUCUUCCAACUCGGGUUAUCGGCUUCAACCUGGACACUAGCCAUGUUAUCAGGAAAAGCGGUGAACCAGGGAGUUUGUUUGGUUUUUCUAUGACCAUGCACCGGCAGAUCAACCCGGAUAAAAGAAUGUUGUUGAUUGGAGCCCCAAAAGCCAAGGCUUUAGGAGUUCAAGAAGCAAAUAUCACCGGAGGCCUUUACAAGUGUGAUCUGACCCAGUCCAGUGAUUGUGAACGCAUUGAGUUUGACAGUGAAGAGGACAUCCGUGUGGAGAAUAAGGAGGACCAAUGGAUGGGGGUAACAGUUCAGAGCCAGGGACCAGGGGGGAAGAUUGUGACAUGUGCCCAUCGCUAUCAGAGGCGGCUGUUUGUGAACACCCCUCAGGAGUCCUUAGACAUCACUGGACGCUGUUACGUCCUGAGCCAGGACCUGACAAUUGACAUCUCGUCCGAUGAAGAUGGAGGAAACUGGAACUUCUGUCAGGGCAGGGCCAGAGGCCACGAGAUGUUCGGCUCCUGUCAGCAGGGACUCGCUGCUGCUUUUACCAAGGACUAUCACUAUGUGGUGUUUGGAGCACCGGGGGCAUACAACUGGAAAGGUAUUGUGCGAGUGGAGCAGAAAAACAACACUUUGCUGGAGAUGGAGAUAUACGAUGAUGGGCCGUAUGAGCUCGGAGAUGAGAACCUGCUGAACCCUGAACUGGUGCCUGUUCCUGCCAACAGCUACCUCGGCUUCUCUCUGGAUUCGGGCCACAGUAUCAUGGCAAGUGGUGGUCUAACGGUGGUUGCUGGAGCACCCAGAGCCAACCACAAUGGAGCGGUGGCUCUGCUGAAGAAGGAGCCUGAGGGCUCCACCAGACUGUCCCUGGUGCACACCCUACAGGGGCCGGGUCUGGGCUCCUCCUUUGGAUACGAUCUGGCUGUAGUUGACCUCAAUCAUGAUGGAUGGCAGGACAUAGUGGUGGGUGCGCCUCAGUUCUACCUGAAGGAUGGCGAUGUGGGAGGAGCAGUUUUCGUCUACAUAAACAAGGCAGGACACUGGAACCGGGUCACUCCUAUUCGCCUCAACGGCACCAAAGACUCCAUGUUUGGACUGGCCGUCAAGAACAUUGGUGACAUCAACCAAGACCAUUAUGAAGAUAUUGCUGUGGGUGCACCUUUUGAUGACAAUGGAGCAGGAAAGGUUUAUAUUUACCAUGGUUCAACACAAGGCAUCAACACUUCUCCUGCACAGGUCCUCUCUGGAAAGAAAUACAAUAUUAAAUUCUUUGGAUAUUCCCUGGCUGGAAACAUGGAUUUGGAUAAGAACUCGUACCCAGAUCUGGCUGUGGGAUCACUGUCAGACACUGCAUUGAUUUACAGGGCACGACCAGUCAUUAGCAUUUGGAAAGAUGUCAAAAUAACUCCACAGGAAAUUGACCUGACAAUUAAAACCUGUGGCAACAGUAUUUGCUUCUCAGUGGAUGCGUGCUUCAGUUACAGAUCAAACCAUGCCUCAUACAGUCCAAGAUUAACUAUCAACUACUCUGUGGAGGCUGACGCAGUUCGCUGGACACAGGGCCUUCCCUCCAGAGUCGUGUUUUUGAACAAAUCCAGCUCCGAAAAUGACUUCAUCCAUAAUGGCACUUUGGAGCUACGUGGACAAAACCAGGAAGCAUGCAUUAAGCUAAAAGCUAAGUUAAAGGACAAUAUUAAAGACAAGAUGCACAGUAUUCCCAUUGAGGUGUCUGCAGACAUUGUGGGUCUGAAACCACAGAGGUCGAGAAACAGCGUCCCACAGCUCAUGCCCAUACUGGACCCAGCCAUGUCCGGCAAAGAAAUCAGUGAAGUAAACUUUUUAAAAGAAGGCUGUGGUCGGGAUCAGAUUUGCCAAAGUAAACUGAAGAUGAAGUAUAAAUUAUACUACAAGCAAAACAACCAAGGAACGUUUUCACCCUUACCUGUCAAAGAAGGCAUCCCAGUGUUUUAUCUGAACUAUGAGAAGAAGGACUUGGCUAUAGAAGUGACAGUGAACAACAUGAAUGGAGAUGACGCCUAUGAGGCAAAACUGACUGGAGUGUUCCCAGAUAAUCUGACCUAUUCUGGAGUGCGCUCACAGGUGGACAAACAAAUUCUGUGUAAUGCUAAUCAGAAUGGGUCUCAGGCAGAGUGUGAGCUGGGAAAUCCUUUUAAAAGAGACUCAGAGACUGUAUUGUACAUCCUCCUGAGCACGGCAAGUCUGACUUCAGACACAGAAGAGAUGAACAUAGACUUGGAGCUCCAAACGACCAGUGUACAAGAAAACAUUGCUUUUAAUGUUAAGAUUCGAGUGAUUAUAGAAGUUCCAUUAACAGUGACUGGGCUGGUUCAUACAAAUACAGUGCAUUUUGGAGGCAAUGUCAGAGGAGAAAGUGCCAUGAAAACAGAAGAAGACAUUGGGAGUUUGAUCAGCUACAAGUUUACUAUAAAUAAUUUGUGGAAGGUCCCCACUCCUGCCUCACUACACAUCCACUGGCCCAAGUCGGCUAAAAAUGGGAAAUGGCUUUUGUAUUUGGUGAAGAUUACAGCUAAAGAAGGAACGAAAGACAUUCAUUGCACCCCAGAUUCUGAAAUCAACCCUCUCAAACAUAUUAAGCAGUCUUCGGGGUUCAGGACAAAGCGAGAGAUUGGAGAAAGAAAAAUAGCAGAGAGAUCGACAGACCAAAGAAAAGUUUUGUCCUGUGAGGAUGGGCUGCAAUGCGUGUUACUCAAGUGCCCCCUGGAGGGAUUGGAUGGAACUACAGUUGAGCUCAAAUCUCGCUUGUGGAACUCCACUUUUCUUGAGGAUUACAUUUCUUCUACACCUCUGGACAUCAUUGUGAAGGCCUCCCUUGUGCUUCACACAUCUGCGAAAAACACAGUCCUCAGAACACCAGACUCCAAUGUGACGGUGACAGUGUAUCCAGAGACCACCAUCGUGCCGUACGGAGGCGUGCCCUGGUGGAUCAUACUAGUCGCUGUCCUUGCUGGCAUCUUGAUUUUAGCUUUACUUGUGUUUCUGCUUUGGAAGUGUGGAUUCUUCAAUCGCUCCAAGCAGGAGGACACUGUCACUGUCCCUCGGUACAAUGCUGUGAGGAUACGGAAAGAGUCUCUGGAAUAUAAGGAUGAGAAAAUGAAACUUGAUGCUUUGGACAAAAAGCAAUGGAUGACCACUUGGAUCAACAAUGAAAGUUACUCAUGAUUUGAGUUAAACUCAGGUCCCUGAACCUUCAACAGUUUUACUUCAUUGGAAACUUUGGCUCAUUAUGGGUGAUAACAUUUUGUAAGUUUUGUAAAUAAUGAAAUACUUGCGGAAGCACUGUAUAUUUAUUUUUUGAUAUUUUAUAUGAAAUUUUGCAGCCAAAGAUGUCUUAGCUUUGAAUCUAUGUAGCAAAACAAACAACUGAGCUUUAUACUGUUAAAAAGAGCAAUGUGCCUACAUUUAGUCUGUGCAAAGAAGGUACACAGUAAAAUAAUGUGAAUGUAAUUUGUGACAUGUACAUUUUUGGUCCAAGGUUUUAUUUUUAUUAUGCAAAAACUAUUUUACAUGGCUGAAUUCAGGUACAUCAAGUCUUCACAAAAUAUACAAUUUAUCUGGACAAAGGCCCUGUAAGGACCAUUGAAACAGGUAGCAUCCACUGUACUGUAGCUCUGCACUGUAAAAAAAAGCUGGUUCUGCAUUCAAAAGGGAAAAUGUGAUUUGUCUCAGUUGUUGAAUAAUAAAAAUGUUUACAAUUUC